AUCGUUCACCAUGGACAACGCUGGAUUUAAACAGACUAGCAAGAGUAGUCUAGCCGGUUCGUCAGAGAUCACACUCAAGACGUCUCUAAGACAGCUUCCCUCUGGUGUCCAAUCAGAUGACUCAACUGGGUCGCACACGUCAAAUGAGGACGUUUCGUCAAGCGUCGGUACCGGAAGGACGGGGAUUGAUAAUGCGGGUUUCUCCGACACGGACCUUGAAAGUAGUCUGGCAGGGUCGUCAGAGGUAACUAUGAAAACAUACUUCCGGUAUGUGCCACCAAGCAUCGUGUCGGACACAACUUCCGGUACUGAGUCCCAUGAUGACGCCGAAUCAAGCGGCGGCACUUCCAGUGUCGACAGCAAGGCAUCUGUGGAAACCGUUCAGCCAUAUGCUGUAUCCAAUACCCUUGGUUUGACUGUUGAUAUAAGUCAGUCUGCGAUAGAUUCCGCCUAUCAUAAUCCGUAUGCACAUGCAUAUGCUGUAAGCCAACUUGAAGAUGAGACUUCUGCUCAAGGAGGCGAUGCACCCGUGUCCCCGGGAGCGACGUCCAUCGCUUCACAUCCCCAAUCUGCAACGUCCGAUAUUUCUGCUAGGACCACAAAGGUGUCUUCUCCAGGAGUCUUCACAAGACAACUAAACAUGUUCAUUGGAGAGGAGUGGGAAGACGUUCAGCCAAGAUGGCCGAUCGAACGUAAAGCACUCAGCUGCCCUGGAAGUCUAAGGAUACCGCGCGGUGCAGCUCACCCACAGAGAAUGGCCUUCAAACACGAACAGAGUAACCGUCAGAGACUGGAGUACUUACAGAGCAGACGACAACAGUUGUCACGUGACCCAUUACGUUAUUUCUUUUACAACAUGUCGCACGAGGAGCCGGUAAUACAGAAAGACUACAUGAUCAAACCUAACCCGCAUAACAAAAUCAACCACAUGAUCCACAGCGCCCUCCAUUGUCCCUGUUUCUUCUUUUUCUACCUCCUUUGCUGUCUUCCAGGCGUGCAUCUCAUGACGAAGGGCGAUCUCGAGUAUAAGUCGGGUCACGAGGACCACGCUAGAAAGUUCGGACGCAUAGCCACAGUGUUGUAUAUUGUUGGGUUUGUGUUUGGCACCACACUUCUCGGCACCGUCGUCUACUUGGCCGUUAGCUUCGUGCAGGAUCAAGUGGGAUAGGGUCAGGACCAAGGUGGUAUUGUGACUGCUGUGUACGUCCACCUGAUGUCUGCCUUUGUCUAAAUAUGAACAGUCCCACUAUGUAUAAAUCACUUACGUCUUCAAACUUGUUCAACUGUUAAGUUUUAACAAUGUGAAGGAACUGAUUAAUAUCGGCAAAUACUUUUAUUUAGCUUUAAGGAAAAGAGAAAAAAAAACAUGAUUUGGAUGUAAGAAAAUGAUACCUUCAAUCAAUUUCUUGUACUAGUAGAGUUAUCACGAUAAAUCACUGUCCACAUAUGUAUAUUUACCAUUGUAUGGCA